UGGAAGCGUUUCGGUUCGCUGUCGCUUCAAAUCAUCGAUCCUAGGCAGUGUCAAGCAAAAACCAAAAACCAAAAAAAAAGAAAAAGUAAAAUAACCCAGAAGGGCCUGUCCCAUUCCAUUACUACCCGAAGUGGUUGGUUUCCCGUUCGGUGGUUGUUCGCGUGUGUGAAUUCUGACGGUGAAAUACUGGUGCGUGCGUGUGUGACCCCUCUCAUUCUCGCUGCCCUCAUUCCGGUGACGGAAAAGGAUACCGCAAAAAAGACCGCCCACCUUCUUCCCGGCGCGAUAAGCGCGUGAGUGAGUAGGAAACAAAACAAACAAAACACACGACGACGACCCACCUGGUUAAAGUGGUUUAGUUUUUUGUUUUCGUUUGAUUUUUUCAUCGUUCGGUUCGGCUUGGUCAGCCAGAGUUAAUCGAUUAAUGCCUGGCACGAGGAAGCCAAAAACCGAGUGAGCCGUGGUGUGAGGUAAAGGAUAAAUUAUGUCAGGAUAACUGGAUUACUCGCGGUUCGCUAAGCUGCUACUGCUGCUCCAUUCCAGUGUUCCAGUUGUGCAAAGUGUCGAAAAAUUGUGCAAGGGAUAGUGCGAGUGGCACGGAGUGAACGUGCAGAGUGAAGUCCAGUGCCACUAAAUUGAGUAGAGUGAUUAUCUGCAGUGGGAUGGAAUGGCCUCUCGUACAUCAAUGUAAAUUACUGUGAUUGGUUUAGUUUGCGGUCGGGUUUCAGUUCAUUGAUCAAUGAAUAAUUGAAAUGGGCUCGAUUUCGCUGUACCUUUUUCCGAUGAGUUUAUGAGUUAAAUUGUUGACGUAAUAACAGGAGAAAAAAAAGUUUAUUUUUUUAUGAAACAAAGUUGAACGAAUCACAGGAUUUCAGUGGCUACCGGAAAAGUGAAUUGAUGAUGUGCCGAUGCCAACCAAAAAAAAAAGGCCUGCCGUGCAACGAAACACACAACCGUUUUGGUGAAAAGUGAACAUACACAAAUAAUAAUAGUGCAAACAAAAAAAAAUUCGGAAGCACUAGCGUUUAAUUAUGGUAAUUGAAAAGUGGUUCGCGGGGGGUGCGAAUUGACACGUGCAAACAGGUGGAACAAAUUGAAACCCCGAAACAUUCACGAACAACGAUCAUCGGCUGUAGAGAGCACAAAGCCUACAUGUCGAGAACGCUGAAUGGGAGCGCACCCAACAAGCGGAAAUUGGUACCGUCCUAGUCGCCGUCGUCUCUGCCGUGGUACCCGUGGACCCCAGCCAGCCAUCCGAAGUGACCGGGCUAUUGUCAGUGAAGUGGGCACAGCAAAUCGCCACAGUGAAUUAUUCAACCUGCUGCUCCAACAUAAACAGAUGUUUUCUGCAUGUGUCACUUCUGGCAGCUCCAACCGUGUGAUGCUUAACAUAGUAGGCUGGGCGUUUGUUUGUUUGCGAAUGCGGCCGGGUGCUCUGUCAAAGUGGCAGUGGAUGGUGGCCCGAUUGUAGGUGGAUAUUAGAUAAACAACUCUCGGAAGGAUCUUGCAUAUUCUCCAUUUCGGAAACGGAUUUCGGUGCCCCCCCCGUCUAAACCAGGCGAACCACAACGGGAAGAGAUUCAGUUUAAUCAACCACGACGCAUAAAUCGGGUGUCGCCGCAUUUUACAUCCGUCGGCGGUGGAAGAAGUGGAAGUGGAGACCAACUUGGAACUCUGGUGAAUGAAUAUUCAAAAUAAGAAGAAAAAAGUAUACGUGUAGAACCCAGUAGCAAAAAUAUACCGAACCCUAAUGGAGCCCUAAUCAACCGUGGAGGAUUGGAAGGAUUUGCGGGACCUUUUCGGGUUCGGUUUGAAGCGCACCCGAAAGGUUUGCCUAGUGUUUCCCGGGAUAUGUUUUAGAGAGAGAGAGAAAGAGCGAAAAAAAAGGAAAACUCCUAAUGGAUCCGUUGCUAUGUGAUUGUGCUGCCAAUCUAUCCUGGAAACAAAGUUUUCCCAUCCUAAAGUGAGGUAGAUUUAUAAAUAUCUUCUUUUACGCAUUCAAGAAAAGCCGCAUUUCGAUCGAAUCGUGAGCGGACGACGGAUCCGGAACGGAAAACCCGCAGCGACAAACGCAAUCGAGGUACAAAUGAAAAUUGCACGGAAAUGUGUUCGCUAACAGUGGCGGUGAGAAAACGUAAGAAAAAAUACCAUUAAUUUUCGGCUGGAUAAGAAAAACAAAGCCUCUAACCCUAGGCGCAAAACCCCAAGGUCGCUGGGACCUUUCCGAGUUCUAUGCCGAGGGGUCAGAGAAAGAAAGCAUCACAUUAAAUCAUUGCUGAAGUCGUUGUGAAUGUGAUUUCCGUCGUUGUUUGUGUUCAUUUUUGUUCACAUCGUUCGGUAAGAAAGUGUGUUUGUGUAUAAGAAGAAGAAAGAAAAGAAAAAAAAAGUGCGCUAGUAAAGAAGCAGAAAUCUGCCAUUCUGAGUCACGUGAAGAAAGCAUAAUGGCGAGAUACGUGACAAAGCAGAAUUAUUAUUUAUGGUACAUCGUUUGUCUAGUUGGAAUGCUGGAACUGGGCGAUGUCAGCCGGGGGAGUGCCCAAGGCAGUGCUCUUGUGGAAGCCAGUUCCGUCAUUGGCGAUGAGAAUGGUCCACUAUUUGAAGUACAAACAGCGGUCGGACUGGACGUAUCGCUGCCGUGCGAUCUGCUGCCGACGACGAUGAUGAUGAUGACCGACAAGGUGACCCUGGUCAUCUGGUACAAGGAAGGCAACAGCAAGCCAAUUUACUCAUUCGACGCCCGGGGAAAAAGUCUCCAGCAGGCGAUCCACUGGUCGGACGAGGCAGUGCUCAAAUCGAAAGCGUACUUCUACUAUGAAACCAACCCGCCGGCGCUCCGGAUAAAGAACAUCAAACAGGAGGAUGCCGGUUUGUACAGAUGCCGAGUGGAUUUUCAAAAGUCGCCAACGAAAAACUGCAGGAUAGAUCUGGACGUGCUGGUUCCGCCGUCGAAGGUAACCAUCCUGGAUGAGCUGGGGGCGGCCGUCCAAAACAAUCUGGUCGGACCGUACCGGGAAAAUGCCGACAUCAACCUCACCUGUGUGUCCAGCGGGGGCAUCCCGACGCCGAAGGUGACCUGGUGGAAGGAACAUGCCCUGCUGGAUGAUUCCUUUGUGGUGCUACCGGAUGGGACGGUUAAAAAUGUUCUCUACCUGGAGAAGCUGUCUCGCGGCGAUUUGCAUUCGAUUUACACGUGCCAAGCCAGCAACGGACAUGUUGUGCCACCGCUUUCCACUGCUGUCAAAUUAGAUAUGAAAUUGCCACCACUAUUCAUCAGCAUGCAGGGCCUGCGGGAAAGCCUAACGGCCGGGAUCAAGACACAGGUCUCCUGUCUAACCGCCGGCAGCCGACCGGCACCGAGCAUCGUGUGGACCAAGGGAACAUCCAUCAUCCGGGGUUCGUCACAAACGACAUCCAACGAUGGAAACGUGACCGUUUCGGAGUUGGUCUUUGUGCCCGGCCCGGAAGACAAUGAAAAAUCAAUUACAUGCUCAAUUAGCUAUAACGAAUUCGUGGAAACAGCGAUCCAUCUCAAGGAUUCCCAGGUGCUGGACGUUAAGCAUGUACCGGUGAUUUCGCUGUCGCUCGGGGCGCCACUCAACUCCCAGAAUCUGAUGGAGGGCUCCGACGUGUACCUGGAGUGCGACAUCAAAGCGAAUCCGCCGGCGAAAAAGAUCGAAUGGUUUCAUAACAACAAACUGCUACAAUCAGCACGCGGCAUAAUCAUCUCCAAUCAGACGUUGGUCCUGCAGACCAUCACGAAGGCGACCCACGGCGAGUACAUGUGCAGGGCGGCCAACACGCUCGGAACGGUCAACAGCAAUCAGCUCUAUUUGGAUAUCAAAUAUCCACCGGUUUGUAAAUCCGAGGCACAAAUAAUACGUGCCGCUGUGAAGCAAACAGUUAACAUCACUUGCGAUAUCGACGCUAAUCCGAUGCCCAACCUGCUCUUCAGGUGGCAAUUUAAUAACUCACUGGAAAGCUUACUGGAGCUGCCGCCCUACACGAAUGUGGAAUCGGAGUCCCAUCACCAGCUGGCCCUGGCCGAAUCUGAGCUGGCAUCCCACGGGGACCAUCCCCAUCACCAUCACCGUUCUUCGUCGUCUUCAUCUUCUCCGGCUGCGUCUUCAUCCUCCGGUAGCAGCAGCAGCCAUAAUCUUCUGGUCGGACCGAAUCUUGAGGAAAUGGUACGUCGGAAACUGGAACGGCAGCAGCAACCCCCGAAGGCGCCUCUGGUCGAUGGUCAGCUGUACAUGUAUCGCAUCGAGUCAUUCACCAACUUCGGAACCAUCACCUGCACGGCAAGCAACACGUACGGCCAGAGUGGCCACUGUCUCUAUCAUAUUCUGGUGGCAGAUGUACCUGAUCCAAUUAAAAGUUGCACAAUAUCAAAUGUGACCGCUUACACGGUACACGUGUCCUGCAUCGCCGGCAAGGACGGGGGUAUUCCGCAGCAGUUCCACGUUGACAUUUUUGACGAACAUUCGAAAAAGCUGCUCUUCAGUAUCACUUUCCACGGUUCCGAGAUGCUGCUGAAAAAGCUCCCCAGUGACACAAAGUUCAUCAUCAAGAUCACACCGUUCAAUCUGCAGGGCACGGCACCGACCAGCUACCGUGUCAAAGCUCAAACCCUACCGGCUCCACUGCUGCGUACCGCACCCUCGAAGGCAGUCCUGGUUCAGCUGACACCGCUUCUGGGAGCAUUGGUUGGUGCCGCCAUCACACUCUUCCUCGUCGCCAUUUGUAUUAUCAUUUUCGUAAAAUUCAAGACGAAGAAAAAGCAUCACCCGGCGGCAACAACCGAACAGGACAAAGGCAGCGCCGAACCGUUGAGCCGGAACAUCGGAAGUCACAGCAGCAUCGACGAUAAGAACCCGGACGUGAUACCGCACGAGAACAGCGAGGACGACGACGAGAAGCAGUUCGAGCGGUUGGCCUUGGACACCGAACGGCUGAAGUUCACCCAGCCUACUGUGAACUUUUCGCCGACGCAUCUGUCGCCCACCACCGGGAAUGGACUGAAAAAGCAGUUCGGUGAACUAUCGCUGACGACGAACCCGAGCUAUGCGAUCUACAAUUCGCCGGUGCGGAGCGUUUACAGUAGCACCUGUAACCCGGCCGGUGCGACGUUGACGACGACGGCCGUGCUGCCAGUGCGGACGACUUCGCCGAACAUCUACACGAGACUGCCUUUGCGGGAUUUCACACCCGGUACGUAUGACAGCAUGCUCAGCACGUCCCAAACGUCGUCGUCGUCCGGUGGUGGCAGCGGUUAUGCCACGUCCCAAAUCUACACCGCCAAGAUGCCACUGCUGACCACGAACUAUGCCGAGCUGGCAUCACUGGACAAAUGAUAGCAAUCGGUGGGAUGCGAUUUCGCCGAAUCGACUUCCAUGACCACCAUCGCUCCAGAGGAUGAAGGUUCAAACCCAACCAAACACACACGUAUAUAAAAAGAGAGAGAGAGAGAGAGAGAGAGAGAGAGAGAAAGAGAAAAGCAGUGUCCACCAUUGGUCAAUUCGAACUCAUUCAAAACCUUCCAAUGGGCAGCUUCUUGCCAUAGGAGUACAUACAAUAACUCGCCAUUAAUUUCAUCUUGCGCAUCAAACUAGUUAGGAAGCCGUAGGUAAGCUUUUUUAAACAGAACAAAACAGAAAACAAAAACAGAGUACUGUACAUAGUUAGAGUUUCAAUUUCGGCACUAGCUGUAGAUUAGCUAAAUUAUUGUUAAAGCGGAAAGAAAAAUUUUGAAAAGGCACCCCAUAGUAAAGUAAGUCGUAUUCACGACAAAAGGGGUAAAAUUGAGAAAGAAAAAAUUGCUAACAAAAUCAUCAUGCUACAACAGGCGAAUUGUCAAACAAUUCGCCUGGUUUUUUUUAUGGUUAGUCCGCGCAGCCCCGCUCGCCUCCUUCUUCCGAGCAAUGUGAUUUCGGUUAGUUUUCAGAACCUUCUCCUAGUGACGGCAGAGGCCACCACAAAAACUUGUGUAAACACCCAGGGCAGAAGAAUCAUAUUAUAUUCGUUGUUAUCAACGCCUACCUAGUUUAAGUCAACACAGAUAUAGAUCCAGUGCGUAUCGAAAUCCUUUAUUUACACUAGGGCAUCUACGGUGUGUUUUUACCCAGCCUGCUGUUUGAAUUGAAUGUUGAAUUGAAAAUAGAAAAGAAAAAAAACGAUAGAUACGAUUAUUUCGUGUUUUUGUUUGUCCUAUAAUCUUCGGUCAAGAUAUUCGUUAUCAAGUGGUAGGCUAUAGCGAAACGAAACGAAACGAAUGAGUAAAACGGAACACUAAACAGGGAAUAGUUCAAUAAAUUCACACUAACAAAACAGAAAAUAAGAUGAAGAAAAACAAAAAUACAAAUAUCUCACCAGGAAACAGACAAACCGACACCCGAACGACACGGAAAGUGGAAAGGCGAGGGCAAGUCAAUAAAAGUAACCAACUUCAUAUCAAUUCAUAUCAAUGAUGAGAAAUGAAUAAACAGCUGGUAGAGUAAUGAGUGUGUUCGGUGGAUAGACAAACGUCUAUGGGUUUCUAGUGUUUGAACUUGCGUUUUUAUGACAUGAUUUUUUACUAUCGAGGGGCAACAAAACUGGAACUGGAAUAUUACUCUCUUCAUCCUAUGUAGCAAUGGCAAGCGCCAAGUUCUUUCUCAUGAGAAUUGACAUUUUUAUCCCAUCUUAACGGUAAUACUCGAGAAAUAGAUACCAUACUGUCAUCGCUCUUUAUUUACCUUGGCUUAAAUUGAAAACAUCAAGGGGUGAGUUUACGGUUCGUUUACGAUGUCGUAAUCGCUCCAAAGUGCCAUACUUUGUCAAUAUUAUCUCGAUCGAGUCGACAGCUCAGCUCAGCUCCUGCCUGCAUCCGCUUGGUUUGUGUGAGUGUGAGUGUGGGUAAAGCCAGCUAUUCUUAGGUGAUGGACAAAGACCCAAUUCACCGGGGAACCGCUCGAGGGCGGCUGUAAUUGCCCCCACCCGCGAAACAAAACAGAGGGGCUUUGGUUGCACACAUGCUAUCAAAACGGGGUUACCACCGGAGGUUGGCAGGCAGAUCUUGCUGAGCACACAAACACAACAGCAGAAGGUAACCGAAAGGUAUACGGUCGAAUCGUGGACUCUGGCACUGAGUACAGUAAUUUCAUCAACCGAUGACAAGCCGAUAAUUGCUACUGAGACUCUGCGGCAUCGCACGGCACGGUAUGGACGACGAUUCCGCCGGUUGUGGCAAACGUGAAAACAGAGCAAAUGUUACCCCGGGGAUGGACAACGGCACUGGAAAAACAUGUCCGCGGCAAACGAGCUAGGGUUUUAGGGCAGAUCAGCAGCGCGAAACGACCGUCAACGACUGGUUGUCGAAGGACGAAAUUUCAAUUGAAAUUAUGUUAGUGAACUCAGUCAUUACUUUGGGAAAUUUCAUUGACUUUUUUUAAAUGUAACAAGUCAAGACCCAUUUUCACGGGUAGCCUACUUCGAUUCGAUUCUGAAUGUGACAGAAAGAUCAGUUUUUGUGAUGAAAUGUAUAAAACUCGUAAAUUCACUCGAAAUGAGAACGUACGAAUAAAAUUCACAAUGUUUCAGCAACAUUAUUGUCAUUCCAAAGUAUUGUCAAUAUCGUCAACCCAAUUGACAUGGUAACUUGUGUUCGUGGCUUUCGAGAAAAUCACGCGUUUGGAAUUUUAAAUAUUGCAAAUCAAUAUUGAAAUAUUGCGAGAAGCGUUAACUGCAUAAUAGGGGAGACCGGGGCUAGUUGGCCGAACGGCCGAAUGGCGAAGUAGCUUUUCUGAAAAGGCUAUUAUGCGCAGUGGCGACAUCUAUAAUGAUUUUGAUGGAGCAUUAAGUCACUUAGGCACCGACGUAAUUUUAGGUGUUUUUGUGUUGUCGUUUGUGCAGGAGUGCGUGUUUUCUUUUUUCGGCACUGAUGAGUAAAUUCUAUUUUUGUAAAGUAAUACACAGUACCGUAGUGAGGGUGAGACGAGUUGAUUGUUGUUGCAGUGGCGUACCGAGGAAAUUUAGCGUUUGGGGCGUAAUAAGAUUUGCCGCCCUAUCGCCCAAGUCAUCUUUCCGGAGAUGGAGUUCAGCUGUUUAUUUUUUGCUCACUAACUAGCUUGCUUCAUUUAGAAUUGGAACAAACUUUUGCUCAUAUUGUGGCGCUCCUGGUGGACGGAUUUGGAAGUUCUUGGCGCCCACGUGUCGGUAAUUUUGUCAACUUAACGUAUGAUUUUUGAUAUUCCGCAAAUCGACUGUACUUUGUAAACAAUCAACAUGGAAGCCGAAAGAAGGGAAAAAAAUUGUGCACAAUUAUUUGGAAAAUCCAUUGUGGUCUGCAUCUAGGCUAGCUAAACAGCUGAAAUUGCCCAAAAAUACCGUAUGGCGCGUUAUCAAACGGUAUAAGGAAACAUUGAAGCCGAAUCGGGACCCUCAAGCCAAUCGUCGGAGUGGAACUGUCGACCGGAAACUGCGUGGUAAGAUUUUGAAGACGAUUAAGAGGAAUCCUAAUCUGUCGGACCGUGAUUUGGCCAGAAAAUUCGGUGCUGCCCAUAGUACCGUGAGGAGAAGUCGACUCCGGGAAGGAAUCAAGUCGUAUCGAGCUAGCAAACAGCCAAAUCGGCCCAUAAAACAGAAUUGUGUGGUAAAAAUUCGUGCUCGGAAACUAUAUGACCAGGUGUUGACCAAGUACGACGUUCACGACGACCAAGUGUAUUCUGGUGGACGAUGAAACCUAUGUCAAGGCUGACUUCGGGCAAAUCUCAGGUCAAAAAUUUUACUUGGCAAUGGCUCGGAGGGGGGGUGUUCCAGCCAAAUUUAAAUUGGUUUUUAGACGACAAAUUUGCAAGAAAAUUUACGAUUUGGCAGGGCAUUUGCAGCUGUGGCAAAAAAACGAAAGUUUUCGUUACAAAUAAGACAAUGACAUCGGAACUAUACCAAAAAGAGUGUCUCCAAAAACGAAUUUUGCCGUUCAUUCGAUCCCACGAUCAUGUUUUGGCCAGAUUUGGCAAGCUGUCUUUACAGCAAAGUCUUUUAAGAAUGGUAUGCAGAGAAAGGGGUCCAGUUUGUUCCGGAAAAAAACCUUAACCCACCCAACUGCCCCCAGUUCCGCCCUAUUGAGAAGUACAGGGCAAUCAUGAAGAGGAGCCUCAAGGCAAAGGGCAAGGUUGUCAGUCAGAUGACAACCUGGUGGAAUAAGAUAGCUAAAACGAUGGACGAAGAAGGUGUGCGCCGCCUAAUGAGCCGCGAUACAGGAAAAAUUCUAUCAUUCCUUCGAAACCGUGACGAAUAAUUUUAUCCGUAUUUUUUCUUAAAAGUAUGAAGAAAACGCAACAUUUGUAUGAAAAAAAUCUUGAAUUCAAUAAUAAAUAACUGAAAUACUGGCAAUUGUCUUUGUUCCAAUUUUAUCUGAAGCAAGCUUUAAACAGUGAGCAAAAAAAAAACAGCUCCAUCUCCCUCUCCGGAAAAAUGACUUGGGCGAACAAAAAAAGGUUUCAAGGUUUGAUUUGCCGCGCCCCUAAAAACGUUGCACCCGAGGCGAAUGCUCUCGUCACCCCCCCCCCCCCCCCCCCCCCCGCCCCUUUCCCAUUGUCAAUUUCUUCAAAUUAUUUUCGAGAUUACACUGGAUCUCGGUGUUUUAGGCAAUUCAUUUGGCAUAAAUUUACAUUUGGCAUAAAAAUUUCUCAAACCUCAAAAUUUUCCUGAGUUAUAGAGUCGAGUUUUUUUUUUCAAAGAAAUUUUGAAAUUUUAGAUCUUCAUUCAAGAAAAAACUACAAGGAUGUGCCCCAUGUGGUUGUUCGAGCUAUUGAUGUGGAACAAGUUUGUUUUACGAGGAUUUUCGAAGCUAUACUGUUUUAUAUGCGGAUUCCCGAAGUUACGCGGUGCGUAUCUCCCGCGUAACAGAAGACUUCAGUGUUAUAAGAACCAACAUCGAACACGCGAACCCGGACUCUGUUUGCUUUGAUCCGUGUUUGUCUUGUAUCCGAUGAAAUUAUCGAUAUUACAUUAAUAGCCCAAAUAUAUGCAAUUAUAACUACGUGCAUACUAGCGUAACGGAUUUCGAUGUUUAUGCUUCUUUUCGCCAGGCUUGUAUUCAAGUUUUGCAUGCAUGCAGUUAUUUUUAUAGCAUUCAGUUCUCUACUAUUAUCACCAUUCUGCGAUUUCGAUAAUAAAUCCAGUUCAUCUUAUUUAAAUUAGAAAUUAAUCUUAAGCACUCAAAAUCUACCUUGAGAUUCUUGCAAAGUGUCAUAACAAAGCAUUUUAUCCAAACUCGCAUGACACAAGAUCAAAGCAAACCAAUAAAAGCUUCAAACCGUUUUAUGGCACAUUUUGUCUUGCUGUCUAGCAACAACCUACCUCUAGCGUGCUACGCGUAGGACUGAAACGUUAGUUAUAACUUCCCUUCUAUUUAUAGAUUCGCGUGCUUCCAACAGCUUCGCUUUUGCAUCGAUUGACCAAUCAGAGUGAUUCUUUCCCUUUGAUAAUCUUACUCCUUCAAAAACCGUCGUCUAUGGCAGAUUUUUAUCAGACAAAGUAUGACACUGGUAGCUAUUAAUCAAAAUUUCAAUCAUACAUAAUUGAAAAUACGUGUCUUGAUACAUUCAAAUCGAAACUUAGAAAUAUUUCCAAUCAAAUGGUGAAAUAAUAUUAAUAAUUGAUGCAAAAUUGGCAUCAAUGCAUGUGAGCUGUAAGUGUUUAAAACCUGGCCACAUUUCUACGUGUAUUUUUCCUUAAGUUUCUACUUUGCACCCCUAUAUAGAAAAUAAAGAUGUGUUCCGCAUCAAAAAAAAAUUUUUUUUCUAGUUUUAGUUCCCGAAGUUUUAAAUUCUAAGACAUUUGGUAUAAAAAAUACCAUACCGUUCUAAGAUAAAAUUCGUAAAAAUUUUGGUGUACAGUCGAGAAAACAAUUGCAUUUUUAGUCCUUAUAAACAUCGCAUGACUUUCAUAUCUCGACAGCGGGAGCGACUCUUUUUGGGAAAAGUAUUAUUUUACUCUGGUUUGCCUAUCCAGAACGAGCCAAAAUUGUUUAAUACAAUCAUUCUAACUCUCUACCAUCGGAAAUAUGUUUAGCUAUUUCCGAUCAAAAUUUCAGUAGUAGGAGAAUCGUAAAUAACAAAAAAAAUUUUUUUUGGUCCUAGUUCAGAUUUCAGCUCUGGAACUCGGGUUCAAUACCGUCAACCCAAUUGACAUGGUAACUUGUGUACGUACACAGAAAAAAAUUAUUAAUUUUACAAGUGACAUAAUUUUUUAAACGAUACAAUUCAUAACUACUUAACUUCUCGAAUGACACAAUAUUCCAUUCGUACAGAAAUUUACUGGCUCCGAAUGUAAUCUGCACUCGGCUAGCAAGUGAGACUAUAUGAAUUUAUAAGCACGAUUUACCAGCCAAGCAGAUAUGUGCUUCUGUGGCUCAGUCGACUAACUGGUGUGCUUUGUGAUCUAAUGUUUUUCGGUUCAAGUCGCGUUGUUGAUGUCGAUCUUUUCAUUUUUAUUCCUUUCGUUUUCAAGGCAUGUAAUUUUCAAAUCACACAAUUUUUCAUGAUCUUCAUAAAUUUGUGUGAAAUAUGACGCUUCAUUUAUGUGCAUCUGAUAAGAUGUAAAAUCACAAGAAUUUUUCGAACUGUGUUCAUAUAGCCUUUUCGAAAACACCAAACUGUUGUGCACUUCUCGUACGACUAUAAUACGACCUUAAUAACAGGCAUCGGUGGCGAUUGUCGUGAACAGCAAUCUCUAUAUACUAGAACGGAAGCGGAGGUUUGCAAAACAAAAACUAAAUAUUAUUAUAAUUACUUCUUGAACGCACUUGACGAUGAUAUAUCAGUAACUGAAGUUUCUAACUUCCUAAAAUUAGUUUUAGGAUCCUAGAUAGUGUUUCGAAAUUAGGAGAGUUUCAAAAUUGCAUUUUUAAUAUAAUCAUGAUCGGUCGUGCCCCAUACACACACAGAAAAAAAUUAUGAAUUUUACAGGUAAUAUAAUUUUACAAACGAUACAAUUCAUAACUACACUCUUAGAAAAAAUGAAAUUUACGCUUGACGAAAAUUCAAGCAUGCCGUAAUUUCUUCGGCGAUGACACAAUAUUACAUCUCCUAACAUGUAAAAAUAAACUUUGCGUCUGUAUCGAUGUAAGCUUAAGCUACAUUAACUGUGAAGUUACUGAUAUGACUCAUCUUUACUGAAUUGUGAAUGUAAGUGAAUCGCGAUGCUCCAUUUAUGUGCAUCUAUAAAGAUGUAAAUUUUUCUUAGUGUGUACUUAACUGUUCAAAUACCGCAAUAUUCCACUCGUACAGAAUUUUACAGCCUCUCAAUGCAAUUUGCACCCGGUUACCAAGUGGCACUGUAUGGGGUUAUAUGCAUCAAUGAUUCGUCAAGUAGGUAUGGGAUUCCAUGGUUCAGUCGAUUAACUGACGUGCUUUGUGAUCUAAUGUUUUUCGUUUUGCGAGAAUGUUGGAAAAUAACUAUCGAACUGCCAAAAAUAAACAUGCUCUCGAGCAAAACUAAAUCUAAUAACUACACACCAAAAAAAAUGAAUAAUACAGGUGUCUUAAUUCCUCAUACGAUGUAAUUCAUAAAUACCUAAUCUGUCAAACGACGGAAAAUUUCAUUUGUAAUGACUUAAUGUUAGAUUAGCUUGAAUUUUACUGGUUUUGACUGUAACUUGCGUUCUACUAGCAGGUGUGACUGUAUGCAUUUAAAUGCUCCUUUUACCAGCCAUGCAGAUGUGUGCUUCUGUGGCUCAGUCGAUUAACAGACGUACUUGCGAUCCAAUAAUUCUCGGUUCAAGUCGCGACGGUUGCUAUUAUUAUUGUUGUUUUUUUUAUUUUAACGAAUUUCAUGUCAUGGAAUUUUAGACACAAUAUUAAAUGUUCUUCCACGUGAAUUUGCGUGAACUGCGACGCUCCAUUUAUGUGCAUCUAAUAAGAUGUAAAAUCACAGGGAUUAUUUUAAGUGUGUACAAACUACUAACUGCUCGACUGUCAAAUUUGGACGGAAAAUUUAAAUAAUUCGUGAGAUGGUCCACAGCCUCCGUGUUAAUAGAAAUACUUAAAAAGGGGUCUAAAUAAACUAUGUUUUUUUAACAAGAGGAUAUUACAAGUAAACCCUGUCAGCUUGGAGCGAAUCUUCAGUUCAGUAACGCCAUCGCACGGCAUCACAUUGAACAUAGUAUGUCAAUUGUAUGGAUGCGCACGAAUUUGACAUUUCUCUUAACUACUUGUGUGUACAAGAUUCGAUGCGGAUUCGCCUGAGUGCGUUGCCAAUGAUUUGUUAAAUAAAGGGUGUUGCCGAUGAUUUUUUCGAGAAAUGGGAGAGAUGGAUACCUUCUUAUUAUGAUGUCUUUGCAAUGUACUAUUUGUGUUGAAAGUAAGUUUAGCAUAUUGCUUUGAAAGUCAUGGUCAUGGUGUCCUUAGCUUUGAAAGUCAUGGUGCCAUGAACUCUCAGUUAUUACAGAUACACAAGCGGAAAUGCGAUACAAUGAAUCUCAAAUGUCUUUACCGGAUGAACGAUAGGAAAGGAACUGGUUGUUCUUCGCAAAGUGGUUCAAAGGAACAAUUUCACUAGAAAGAGAUAGUUUGCAUACUCGAGUUCAGUCUCUGAGGUGUAUUUUUCACAAAUUCGUACUGCAAUGCUAGAUAUUUACCUUGCCUCAGGUAAAACUAAGCUGAACAAUGUUUCUGAUUUGGUUGACUGGAUUUGGAAGUAUUUUUUUUUUAAUGAACACACACACAAAAUAAGAAUCACUUGAAUCUCAAAAUUCACUUGAUUAUCGCAGAGAUCCCGAAUAUGUACGUCUCAUCGAUUCGACUAUUAAUGAAAAAAGUGAGAUAAUGCUUAUAUAAUACGAUGGUAGAAGUUUCGUAUAGAUCGCUGCAAGAUAGAUGACAGUUAAGACCUAUGGUUCGAAACUCCGCAUGGCCAAAAUUGCACUGUUAAGCUGUAAUCAUUUCGUAAGAAUUUCGGGAAUCAUUAAAACCGGAAAUAUCUUGUUGUUUGUUUCCGUAAUAGCUGGAUCAUAAAAUGCUCAUUAAAAACUAAAUUUCAAAUCCCGUAAAACUGCAUAAUCAAACUUACAGUACUACAUUAUGGUUAUCAUAAAACGAAACCUAUGUAAUCAAUUUCAUAGGUAUGGUGAACUUUGUAAGGCACUUUUAGCAGCAUGUUAGGUGAUAGAACCGGGAAAUACGUUUAACUCCUCAAGUUUGAAAGUUCAUAAUUGUCUAAAUCAGUGAUUCCCAAACUGGUCCCUACAGCCCACUAGUGGGCAUUAGUUCAUUUUCAGUGGGUAGUAAACUCAAAAUUGUUUACAGGUGGGAAAUGAUUCGCAAAAUGUGGGCUUCGGCACUUAAAAAAAUCCAAUCUAUCAGUUGCAAAAAUGAUGUGACUAAUGAGAUUUGUGAGAAAGGAAACGAAAGUAAGAAGAUAAAAAUUUAAGUGCUGUUACGACCAAGAAUUCAUCAAAUAAGAAUGAGUGUAAAUAGUCUCAAUGUUUCAUUAGAAAUUCAUAUCAUGUCUAUAUUCCAAAUUGAAUUCAUACAAAAUACAGCAAAAUAAUCAGGUCUACGUUCAGAAUUAUUUUCAAAGGUCAAAUCCAAAAUCUGGUUCAGAAUCCUCAGGUCAGAUCCAGAAUUCAGAUUCAUGUUCGGAAUUCACACCCAGAAUCCUACUUCUUGGUUCAGAAUUCAAGUUCAGAUCUAAAAUUUCUGUCAGGAAUUUAGACCCAGAACUUAGGCCUGCGACCAGAACUUAUGUCCAAAACACACGAAAACCUAUGUAUUCUUGUCAGGAGUUCAUGUCUAUAACUUAUGUCCAAAAAAGCAGGCCUAAAAUUCGGAUCCCGAUUUUCGCUCAAGAAGCCAGGUUCAUGUUCUGAAACUAGGUUCAGAAUUCAGGUCCAGAAUUCAGGUGGGGAGUCAAGGUUUAGGAUCUAGUUUCAGGUUCAAAAAUUCUGUCAGAAGCUGAUCCGGGGUCAGAAUUCUGGCCCAGAACCUAAGUCCAAUAGGAGGUUGAAAAUUAAAUUCCAGAAUCCAGAUGCAGAAUUCAGGUUCAGAUAAAAAAUCACUGUCAAUAAUUUUGAUUAAAAAUCUGAGUCUGAGUCCCAAUUUUUAGGUUCAGAAUUCAGAUUCUGCACUCAGAUCACAAAUUCAUGUUCAGUGGUUAGGUCAAGUUACUCAAUUCAGAUCCAGUUUCUGAGUUCCAAUUAUAGUACGGAUUCCUGGUCUGGAAUUCAGAUCUUGGCUUAGAAUCCAUGUGCAGAAUCCAGCUCCAGAUUCAGAAUUCAAAUAAAGUAUUCUAUAUCAUUUUCAGAAUACAGAAUCAGAAUGCAAGGUCAGAACGCAGGUCCAGAACACAGAUCCAGAAAUCAGGUCUUUAAUGAUGCUUCAAAAUUUUGGCCUAGAAUCCAAUUCCAGAGUUAUGUUUCUGAAUCCAGCUUCAGGUUCAGAACACAAAAUCAGGAUCAAGUUCCAGGUCUAUAUUCCAAAUUGAAUUCAUGCAAAAUACAGAAAAAUAAUCAGGUCUACGUUCAGAAUUCAGAUGGUCAGAAUUAUUUUCAGAGGUUGAGUCCAAAAUUUUGUUCAGAAUCCUCAGGUCAGAUCCAGAACUCAGAUUCAUGUUCGGAAUUCACACCCAGAAUCCUGUCUCUUGGUUUAGAUCUAAAAUUUCUGUCAGGAAUUUAGACCCAGAACUUAGGCCUGCGAUCAGAACUUAUGAUUCUGAUGUGUUCCUAGUAUCUCUGUCAAAUUUGUUGAGUAGAACUCUUGGUUGAAAUCCUGAAUCCAGCUCCAGAUUUAGACCUGAAACCUUCAUCGAGAGUUCAAGCCAAGAAAUCAGGUUCAGAAUCUUUGUCAGAAUUCUGAUUCCAAAACCAUGUCCAGAUUCAGUAUUCAGAUCCAGAAACCUUGUCGGAUAUCCAACUGCAGGGUCCUGGUUCAGAAUCUUGGUCUAGGUUUAGAAGCUCUAUCAAUAAUUUAGGUUCAUGUUUAGAAUUGAGGAAUCCUAGAGAACUCAGGUCCAGAAUCCAAUUCAGGCUCACAGUUCAAGUGCACAAUAGGAUCAAAGUUUAGUUUCGGAAGCUCUGUCAGAAGUUCAGAAAACAGAAUUCUGGCGCAGAAUCCAGGUCCAGAAUCUAGGUUAUGGUCUCUGUCAGGAGUUCAGAUUCACAAUCUAACUUCAGGUCUAGAAUCCAGAUACAUGUUGCGAAUAUAAGUACUGAAUUCUGCUUCAAGUUCAGAAUCCAUAUUCGGAUAAAGAAUCUCGUUCAAUAAUCCAGGUUCAGAUUCAGUAUUCGGAUCCAGAAACCUUGUUCGAUAGUUCUAUAUUCUAAUCCAGUGUUCAGUACCAGAAUGCAGAUUUAGAUAUCGCUUAGUUAUUACUGGGUGAAAAGACUUGGGAGUUUUUCUAACAAUUAUAGAACCAAAUUUAUCACCAAAACUUAUUUUUUUUUGACGUAAUUUCUCCUGUGGAAAGUCGUCGCUUGAGAGUCGCAAAUGAACUGUUUGACCUUAAAUUAACUGUUUGAUUUAAAAUGUUCGUCUUCCACACAAGAAGUAAAACCAGAGCUAGAAAUGACUGCAGAAUGCAGAACUUAUUUCCAUUACCCAAUGAAAGGACGAUCUUUCAGACUGAUAAAAUGAAAACAAUGAAAUCCAAAAACUGGCAUCAUAAGCUUUCAGAGACAGUUAUAAAUCCAUCCGCAACCUUCUCCAAUCCAGGGAAAUCGUUCUGUCAACUGAACUACUGUGGAUGUUAUGAGACACAACGCAGGAGACUUCCGGUUAGAAAAGAACUGAAUGUGCACGGUCGGUUAAGUUCACAUUUUAGUUGAUCCCCUGUGAUUCAAUUUCGCACUCAAAAACUUCAUUCCUCUACCAGUCGAUUUUACUUUAUUUCUCCGGUUGAGCAAUGAUAUGUGAGGUUUUGUUGUUGUUUUGCUUAGCCAAUGUUUGAACGAUUGGGAUUGGGAAGCAAAUUAUUUGUUGUAUCAUUUCUAUUUCAUACUUAAAUCUCGAGUUAACUGCAAAAAUGUUGAUUGUCGCUGAAUUGUAAAACUUCUUGGUGGGCAGUAGAACGAAUAGUAUAUUUAAAAUGGGCAUUCGACCAAAAAAGUUUGGUAACCAACGGUCUAAAUACAUGGAAAUAGCCGUGUUAAAUUUUUGUCGUUUUCGAUUGUUGUCGAUCUCAUCCCGAAACUUUCUCCCUAGCCACUGUCAAGUGGUACGGAUAAUGGGAUCAUUUUCAAAUACGAUCACAUUUUUUUAUCACAUUAAUCUAUCGUAUGGGUUGGACAUUACAUGGAUUCCAAUGAACAAUGAAAAAAUAUUCAACUUUCACCAUGAUUGAAUGUCUGUGUGUUUGGCAGCCUUGUCGAGUCAAUUUUAUUUCUCUUUCCUUUUCCAGAAUGCUAUCAGGAAACCAAAGCGAAAAAAAAUGGUGGAUGCAUUGAAACUGAUUUUGUUUCACAGAAAAAUACAAGACUUUAUUUUUAUCGCGGUAACAUAUAUGUUUUUAUGUACUAGUCGCAUCUAAACUAAAUUAUCUAGACUUUGUCACGGUAGAUUUAUAAUAAAAGCUUUCAAAGCCGAGAUAUUCGAUGAACAAGUAGAGGUAUGCAUUUCCGAGCGUUCCAAUUUUCAGCAGUUCUUCAGUCAGAAAAAAAUACAACACGACCGCUAAACUCAAUGAAUCAUUCUGAAAUAUUCUCAACUAAAUUUCGUAGACGUUGUCAGGUGGGUUUUUCAAUAUUCUGUACCGUUUCCAAGUAAAAUUAAUUAGAAACGGGAAAAGAGCAAAAAACCUACCACUUUACGGUACUGUCCUCAGCCCUUAAGUAAGUUCUCUUGCGAAAAUGACAGUAGCUUCUCUAAAUCUUUCAAGCCUUCUGUAUAUCGCAUUAGUUCCAGUAUUGCUCACCUCAUAGGUGAUAAAAAGUGAUAAUACAAGUACUCACCGUUUCUGAUAUUUCUCCGUAGGUAAUACUCGACCAAUAAAACGAUUUCAUUUGAUUUCUCCACUUUCAUUUAUUCCAUAACCUGCGAAACGAAGGUUGAACCACGCAAAAUAAAAACAUUCACUCUGGCGAACCCACUCCGUCACCACAAAAACACUUAACAGCUAUGUUUAUUUUAAACUUGAAACUGAGAUCGAAUAAACAGAUUGCAAUUUUCCUUUUCUGAUAAAACAAACAGUAAUUAACCUCCUACCUAUCCACUGGUUCGGGGGCCGAGCGAGCGGCAGCUUGACGGAAAUAUGAAACUUGCUCGGCCAUUGUCAGUGACUACUGCGAUCGUAUCGAACUCUAGAAAACUGAACCGCUUGUGGCAAAUUUUACAGCAGGGAUGGAUGGAGAACGAUGACGAAAAUAGCUGUUGAAGAAGUUUCGAUGUUGGAAAUCGGCAAUCUUUUCUUAAGCUAAUAUCAAAAUAAAGGGUGAUUUUUUAAGAGCUUGAGAACUUUUUUAAACAAUAAAACGCAUAAAAUUUGCAAAAUCUCAUCGGUUCUUUAUUUUAAACGUUAGAUUGGUACAUGACAUUUACUUUUUGAAGAUAAUUUCAUUUAAAUGUUGACCGCGGCUGCGUCUUAGGUGGUCCAUUCGGAAAAUCCGCUUUUUUAUCGACAAAUUUUGUUCAGCGAUGAGGCUCAUUUCUGGUUGAAUGGCUACGUAAAUAAGCAAAAUUGCCGCAUUUGGAGUGAAGAGCAACCAGAAGCCGUUCAAGAACUGCCCAUGCAUCCCGAAAAAUGCACUGUUUGGUGUGGUUUGUACGCUGGUGGAAUCAUUGGACCGUAUUUUUUCAAAGAUGCUGUUGGACGCAACGUUACAGUGAAUGGCGAUCGCUAUCGUUCGAUGCUAACAAACUUUUUGUUGCCAAAAAUGGAAGAACUGAACUUGGUUGACAUGUGGUUUCAACAAGAUGGCGCUACAUGCCACACAGCUCGCGAUUCUAUGGCCAUUUUGAGGGAAAACUUCGGAGAACAAUUCAUCUCAAGAAAUGGACCGGUAAGUUGGCCACCAAGAUCAUGCGAUUUGACGCCUUUAGACUAUUUUUUGUGGGGCUACGUCAAGUCUAAAGUCUACAGAAAUAAGCCAGUAACUAUUCCAGCUUUGGAAGACAACAUUUCCGAAGAAAUUCGGGCUAUUCCGGCCGAAAUGCUCGAAAAAGUUGCCCAAAAUUGGACUUUCCGAAUGGACCACCUAAGACGCAGCCGCGGUCAACAUUUAAAUGAAAUUAUCUUCAAAAAGUAAAUGUCAUGUACCAAUCUAACGUUUAAAAUAAAGAACCGAUGAGAUUUUGCAAAUUUUAUGCGUUUUAUUGUUUAAAAAAGUUCUCAAGCUCUUAAAAAAUCACCCUUUAGUUGUUGUUUUAAUUCUGAAAUCUUUAUUUUUUUCGCUAUUUUAAUGUAGGAACGACAGAAUAAUUGAAAGAAAAAAAAACGACAGUCUUUUACUGAAUCCACAAUAGACGUUUUAUAUCCACCAACAAAAACAGACAAUUCAUAAUUUACUUUUCCCAAUCAAAACUCGAACAAGUUAUUAAUGAUCGAAGAAGCUUCGUACCAGCAGCAAACAACAUAACUUUCAAAAGAAGUGAAUACUUUGCGAUAAGUGACAAAAACACACAAUCCGAACGAGGAAAAAAAUAAGUAUUAACGAUUAGUUCAAAAGAUAAAUCACUUUACCGGACAAAUAUGUACAUAGCGAAACUGAUCAGAGUAAAAACAAAAAACAAAAUAAAAUGAGUUUGUAAAUAUAGAUAAAGUCCAUGGAACAAAGAAGAAGAAAAAAAACAAAUUUAGCAAAAGAUAGUUAAUGUUAAUGAAACGAAUCGAGUAUAUUUUAAGUCGAAUCGAAUCGACAUUCGGUGGGAUGGGCUUAGGGGGAAAAUGUAUGUUCCCAGUUGCAAAACCGAAUAUCAUUACGCGUCCCGGUUGGAGCACGGUCUCCGAUCGGAUCAAGAAGACAAAUGAACAGAAAAAAAAAUGCAACGAAACAAUAAAUGAGAGUAAACUUUUUGUUGGGCCAAGUUUUAGCAGAGUCUGAAUGGAUGUGAAUCAUGUUUUUAACUACGUAUGCAAAAUGUGUAUGCAAAAACAAUAUUUUCAACUAAAUGCAAGAAAAUGUGAAUUGAGUCGUUCGGAGGAAGAUUUAUAAUUUAUUGUGAAACGGAGAAAAUAUAAGAAACAAAGAUCAUUUUGUUAAA